ACGGGACAGCGUAUGCCAGUAAGGUAUAGUAACAGGUACUAGGUCUCUACUAUCAGAACUAAGCAAGGAACCAGGUGGUUCUAUUAACAGCCAGGAGCAUCCUCUUGUCAACACCCCCAUCCAUUCCCUCCAUUAAAGCAUUGAUUAUCUGAGCAUCAAUAUGAUCCUACAGCAUAGCAUGUUGGUCUCCCUCGUGAUCGGGCUGUUACACAUCGCGUCAGGUGGAAAAUGCCCCUCUGAGAGGAACUAUCUCACUCUGGAACCGGAUGAGUUGGUUGUGAAACAUGGUGACUCAGUCCAAGUCAACUGCAGUACCUUAGAAAUCUCUGAUGGGAUCCAUUGGGUGGCUACUGAAGGAAGCACCUCAAUAGAAUAUGUACAGUUUGUCAUCUGGAAAGUGGAUAAUUUAUUAAGCUGGGAUCCACAGCCCCAGUGCAACAUAUCGUUCAAUAAAACAAGUUGGUGCAGUACAAAACUCACAUUGAUAAUUUACAAACUUCCAGACGUUGUGUCCAUCUCUCCUCUGAACCACACUGGACCAAUGGUGGAAGGGACAGAGUACCAGCUGCAGUGUGACGUCCUCAAUGUUGCUCCUGUCCAGAACCUCACUGUGACCUGGUACAAAGGAAAUGAAACCAUAAAGACAGACUCUUAUGGUGACCAGAGUAAUACACCAGUGAAUAAGUCAUCUAUCCUCACCAUCACCCCAAGUAGAGAAGAUGACGGAGCACUGUACAGAUGUGAGGCUCAGCUGAACCUGGGACCAGAGGGACCACAAUAUUCCAACACAUCAUCAACGUAUUCUAUUGAAAAGGGACCACAUCCUUCUCCUGUUAAUACAUCAGAACAUCAUAAUAUGUUAGUGCACUUAGGUACAACUAGCCUAUAUCCUCUGGAGAUGAACCCUUCCAGAUUGGGGGUGAGGUAUGGAGACUCAGUUUCAGUCAACUGCAGCACAUCGGUAGCAGACCCUGAAGGCAUGGGCUGGGAAGCAUCUGAUGGAGCCACAGGCUUGGUUGACAACGUCACAUGGGUCAUGUGGACAGUAGAGAGCUUGAAAGACUGGGAUGCAAGUCCAAAGUGCUUCAUCAAUCUCAAGAAUGGAGAUCAGCAUACAGAGACACUUUGGGUCACUCUAUACCAACUUCCAGACGUUGUGUCCAUCUCUCCUCUGAACCACACUGGACCAAUGGUGGAAGGGACAGAGUACAAGCUGCAGUGUGACGUCCUCAAUGUUGCUCCUGUCCGGAAACUCACUGUGACCUGGUACAAAGGAAAUGAAAGUAAGACACCGGUGAAUAAGUCAGCUAUCCUCACCAUCACCCCAAGUAGAGAAGAUGACGGAGCACUGUACAGAUGUGAGGCUCAGCUGAACCUGGGACCAGAGGGACCACAUCCUUCUGCUAUUGAUUCAGAUUUCAACCUAACCGUGUUCUAUAAGCCAGUGAUCCGCAAGUGUCCAAACAGUUUUGCUGGUAAGGAGCACACAUUCAGCCUGGACAUGAAUAUCUGUGCAGCCGAUGGGAAUCCUCGUCCCCAUGUUCAGUGGUACCUGCAUGGGAGACUGCUAAACAGCUCUGAGCGCCUGACCAGGAGGAACUCGGGGGAAUAUGUCUUUACAGCCACCAAUGACCAUGGCGCUGUCAACUCUACGGUCACCAUCACAGUGGAAUAUGCCCCUGAGUUGAUCUGCCCUGUUCACUAUGAAGGGGAAGAGGGUAAAAAUCACAACCUCACUUGUUCAGCUGGAGGGAUGCCGGCACCUACGAUUAUCUGGAGGAAAGAUGGGAAAGAAGUAGAUUUACCUGUGCGUCUGACCAGGAAAGAUAGCGGGGAGUACAACGUCUCAGCAAUCAACAAACAUGGAACUUCUUAUCUUAAAAUGGAUGUCAACAUCUUGUAUGCCCCUGAGUUCCUGCCAGGAGAGGACACGCUGGAGUUGUCUGAGGGAGGUGAUGAGUCUCUGGUCUGCAGCGCUGAGGGAAACCCUCCUCCUAAACUGGAGUGGACCUACGAUGACGCUGCGGGAAAUGUAAAUGUGACCACUGGGGGGCGCCAGAGCACUGUCAGAAUCACAGGAGCCACGUCGACCAACACUGGGAGCUACAGCUGCACUGCCACGAAUAGAGUUGGGAAAAUGACCAGAAUGAUCACAGUGACAGUGAUGAUGAAAGAACCCUCCAGUGACACACUGUAUUACAUUAUGAUCAUCUUACUCAUUUUGUUCUUAAUGAUCAUCAUAAUCAUGGUCGUGAAGCACCAUUUUAAAAAACGAGGACACUAUAUAUUCACCCCCACCCCUCAAGAGACUGGACAGCAGACACAAUCAACUGAUUUUCCUUUAAACACACUGUCUCAGAAAGCCAAUGGUUCCCACUGAGUGGGCUCUAUUAGGCAAUUUAAUCAAGAUUGAGCAACUGGACAGAUGCUUUGCUAUAUGUCAGGCUGUUACUCAUAUCUCUUUUGGAUUGUGUAAUUUCUGUGUUAUAAUUUUGCUUUUAAUGCCUCCAAUUCUAGACUAAGAUUAGUGUUUUCAAUGACCCUUACAGGAUUAUCAAUAAUGCUAACAAUUGUUAGCAUUAUUGGUAAUACCAAUAAUUGGUGUGUGGUGUGUUUAAAAUACUGUAUUUGAUGCUUGUUAGGUGCUCAAGCUUGAUGUACAGUAGCUAUUUCAAUUAAAUGUGUUUAGCAGCGUUUUUUAUAUUCUUGUUUUUGUAAGACAUUUUAGUGCUAAUGUUUUAUCUUUGUCUCAACUAGUGCACAGUGCCCAUGAUGCAGUCAGUGAUUAAGAUGUCAGUGAGACACACAAAACACAAAGUCAUGGAACUAUAGAUAAUGCACAGUGCCUGUGAUGAAGUAGGUGACACAUACACAAACAGCCAAUGCUCUGGUGCAGUUGUGCACAUUUUAUGUAGCCUAGAGAUGUCUGCUGUUUCCUACAUUAUCAAUUGCUUAUGUUAUGUUAAUCAAAAUGUAUCAUAUUGGUUCUCUGAUAAAUUGUCUUACCCCCAUAAACAUCGAUACAUUUAGUUUAUCACAUACGUCAUUACAUGCACAAUUAUUGAGUCAGUUAUCAUAAUUGUAGGCAUAACUCAUCAUACAUGUACAGUUCUGCCUAAGGGAUGUUUGCUAUGUUUACAUUAACAUUUGUGUUUUUUUUCCUUUGUGCUAUGCAGUGCUCUUUAGUAUUGUAUUUUCUAUAUCGCUUUCACAUAAAGACCAGACAACUGACUGAGGAGGUUAAUUCGUAAGAACAUUGUUCCUGUUGCUUGUGGCUCACUAUAUCUUUGACUCAUAUAAAUAAACCGACAAGGAAGCUAAAGUGGUAUGAAAAAUGUUCUUGUUUUAAACAGCCAGUGAUUAAGAUGUUGCUUUGUUGAUUUGGUGGCACAAAGACACAGACACACAGAUUCUUGGAACUAUAGAUAGUGCAAUACCCAUGCCUGUGAUGCAAAUAGUGGCUAUUAUAUUGGUUAGUUGAUUUGGUGUUAGUUUAACAGCAGUUUGUGCACAUUUGCAAUGUGCAGGCAGAGUUUUUGCAUCAAUAAACACAUUAAUUCAUGUAACAAAA